UCAAAAUUCGCCAUUUUUCCUUCUCCUUUCGGAUGACUGUAAGUAAUCAGUGGAGGUGAAUCUUUGUACAAAAUACUGACCAAAUGAGAAGUACGCAGUAAAAAAGGCCCGUGAAUACUCGAGGUAACGAAGAUGAACGACGAUAUGACCGAUGAGUUGGCCCCAAGAGCGGAGAUCUUCAGAUCAAAGCUCAUCGAGGAUUUUCAGCUUAUCGACAUGAUUGUCAACAGUGGCGGCGCAGAGCCACCAAAAUACUAUUCCAACGAAAUAACAGACGACGAAGUUAUGAAGCAAUUGUUAAGAGAGACUCCCCAAGGCCUGAUCAAGUUUCAAGUGUACUCUAAGAAAGAUGAACAGCGCUUUACAGAUCGUCGUUUAAACCGAGUAAAGAACAAAAAUGCUAUUCCACUUGGACCAUGGGCACACACUGUUAUAGAAGAUCCAAGGAUUCAAAACUUAAUGAUGAUUUUGAUCAUAACAAAUUCUAUCGUAUUGGGAGUCCAAGCUGAAAUAUCCAAAAUUGAGGAUUCCUCACUGCAUGGACUGAAACUUGUGUUACAAAUUUUUGAUUUCUGCACAUUGACCAUUUUUGUACUUGAGAUAAUCCUCAAGUGGAUUGAUGGAUUCUGGACUUUUUGGAAAAAUGGAUGGAACAUUUUUGACUUCAUUGUGACCGUGAUGUCAUUUGUGCCAGAAAUCAUUGAGCUGUCAUCAGGAAAAAAUACAGCAGAAGUGGCUGUCAUUGCUGAAAACUUGCGAGUAUUCAGAAUUUUGCGAUCCUUGAAAAUGGUAUCUAGGUUUGCCCAGCUAAGGAUCAUUGUCCUUACCAUUCUCAAAGCAUUCAAGUCAAUGGCUUUUAUCCUGAUACUGUUGAUGACUUUUAUGUACAUUUUUGCUGUGGCUGGAACAGUCAUGUUUGCUUCAUACUCCAAGUCAGACAGAACAGACCUCAAGUAUAAACAGAGUUUUAGCACCCUUGGUAAUGCCUUGGUCACCCUGUUUCAACUUUUCACCCUGGAUCACUGGUAUGACAUUCUCAGAGAUCUUGUCAAAGUGGUAGACCCCAUCACAGUCAAGAUCUACAUCAUCUUGUGGAUCUGUAUUGGAGCUUUCAUAUUCAGAAAUAUCUUUGCUGGCAUUAUGGUCAUGAACUUCCAGAGCAUAAGAAGUGAUUUUAAUCAACAAGUAAAGGAGCAAACUGAAGCUAUUGAGGCAGAACAAAUGAGAAAUCACUUAGUAGAGGAGCUGGGAAGACAGGACAGAGUGCAAAGCAGAAUAAGACGAAUCAGCAGUGUGGGCAAAGAACUAGGAAAACAGCUAGAAUCUAUGUCAGUGCUAGCAGAGACUGAAGAAGAUGAAGAAGAAAGCUGUGAGACUAGAGACAAUGAGGGAAUUAGAGAUUCCUCCACUCCACCACAGGGAGGAGAAACUAUGCCAAAGCCAGCAUCAAAUGAACCUGAUCCUUUACCCACAUUAGGAGACAAACUUGCUCAAUUGAGGGAGAAGAAGAACAGCUGGGGUCAACAGAGUGGAGCUGACCAGCAUUCAAUACCAGAAUCUCAUGAAGAGUUUGCUCAUGACAAAGCUAGAGACAUGACUAAUGACUGGAUUGCAACAGUUCAAGCUAAUCUGACUGAUCUUAAGAACCACCCUGUGGAGAUACUGUGGCAGAGAGACACGCUGUUCAGAUAUUUCCAGUUAAUGGAAGCCUGGCAAGAGAACCUUGCUGAACGACAGCAGCUGAUUCCCAUGGCUGGCCAGGCCUUACUCAAGCUCCAUGAUACUUGAUCACAAAUGAAGCCUUUGAAAAUGAGCCUGAUUUAAUCAGGACUGUUCCUUCGGACAGAGACUGUUCAAAUUUAAACAUUAUGUAUCAGUUUAAAAUGUAUUGUGUUGUCUUUAACCCAUUGUGCUGGUUGUAGAACAUUUAGAUAACACGUCACAAUACACAAGUCUGGGACAUUAUCAAGCUUCAAGUUAUUCUCGUGGGGUUUUGUGUUUCUACUAAAAGUUGAGAGUAUAUUUAGGGUUCCACGUUCUGAUCGGAAGAGUUUUAGCGAUAAAAUUAUUUUUGCUACUUUAUGAAGAUUUAUCUUCUCCAGUUUUAUGAGGUUAAUUCAAAUGAUGUUGGCAAGGUUUACAGAAAAACAGUAAUUG